UAUUUCUUUUUUUCUUUCUUUUUCUUUUUUUUUUUUUUUUAUUUGUUUGUUUUUCUUAAUCAAUUACUAUUAACCUAUUGAUAGUUUUAUUUAGCAUUAAUUUUAUAUCAUCCACUUUUUUUUAUACCUUUUUUUUUUUUAUUGAUUGAUUGAUAAUCAUGCGACCAUUCCAUAUCAUAUGUAUUCUUCUCCUUUCCAUCGUGAUGGCGCAACAACAAUCUACCCCCACCCCCACCACAAAUGAUCCAUCUCCCACUUCAACGACGAUGAGUAGUACUAGUAGUAAUAGUAGUAGUAGUAGUGGCAGUAGUACAACAAUAGGCAAUGAUAUUGUUACUAUCAAUGGUAUGACGGCCAGUCGUGGUGCCAUGGCUACUCCUUCAUCAUCAUCAAAUAAUACCAAUACUAAUAACAAUAAUAAUACCAAUACCAAUAAUACAAACAAUAAUAAUAACAAUAAUACAAAUCGACCACCAUUAUCGGCUCCUCUCCCUGAUGAUACAAUUGGCAAGAAUGGUCGUUUACGAGUUUCUUCUUCUGCUACUGCGGUGAAUCCUAUUUCCUAUUAUUUCAUUUUGGGUGUGUUUUUUUUUAUAUAGUUUAUAUAUAAUAAU